UCAACAUCCAGUCCCUCUCUCUGAAGAUGUUCACUCAGAGUCUUUGUGUCACUUGCUUUGCUUCUGAGCAGAAAAUUCACUUGACAGCCCACUGGCUUCAUCUAAGGGAAUCUAAUGGAUCUAAGAGGGUACUUCAACAGGAUCGGGUUUACUGGACCAUAUGACAAACCUGAUCUGGACACUUUACACACCAUCCAUAAGCAGCAUGUUAUGACUGUUCCAUUUGAGAACCUCAGCAUCCACUGUGGGGAGAAGAACACGACGGACCUGAACAUCAUCUAUGAUAAAAUAGUCAAAAACAAUCGUGGAGGCUGGUGUUGUGAAAACAACCUCUUGUUCUCAUGGGUCAUAAAGGAGAUGGGUUACAAAUACACCACACUAGGCUCCAAGGUGUUUAAUAAGUUCCAAAAUGGUUUUCACCCCGUGGACUCUCAUCUCAUCAAUAUGGUGGAGAUUGAUGGGAAGCAUUACAUUACUGACGUGAGCUAUGGAGUGUCGUGCCAGCUGUGGUAUCCAUUAGAAAUGAUCUCGGGUAAAGAUCAGCCGCAGCCUCCAGGUGUGUUCCGCCUAUUAAACGAUGGGAUGACGUGGGUUCUGGAGAAGACUUCAAGAAAGCAAGUGGUCAAAGACAAGUCCUAUGCUCAUUCCAGCCUCAUUGACAGGCGCCUGACGAAGACAAUGUAUUGCUUCCCAUUAACACCCCGUGAUAAAGAGCAUUUUGUGGAGACCCUGGAUUGCUUGCAGACCAGUCCUGAUUCUCGGUUUGUGCUGAAGUCCAUUUGCUCCCUUCAGACACCCAACGGCUUCAGAGCUCUGAUUGGCUGGACUUACAGCGAGAUCACAUACAACCCCGAUGAGGACUGUGACAUAGUGGACAUGAAGGAAAUCCCUGACUGUGAAAUAGAAGCUGUGCUGAAGGAAAAGUUUAAUGUGGUGUUAGUUAAUAAGUUCACACCUAAAAACAAAAAAGCUAAUUAUUGCAUGUAAUACAGUACUAUACCAUGACCCGUAAGUAUUGUCAUGCAUCUUAGUGGACAAUACUUGUCACCAGAGAUGGACAAAUUAUAAAUCCAUUUUAUGCUUUGAAAACUUUUUAAUGCCCUCAAAAAAAAAUAAAAUUAAAUAAACAGCUACUUUUGAAUAGCUGUUAAAGGACAAAAAUUCUCAUGUGUGGCAAAUGGGGUAGUUAUGGUAUCUACCAGCGGGGGCUGAAAGGGGCAUAGCAAAACUUUGAUCACUUGAGACAAACUCUUAUACCUCCUUGAAUGGCUUUUCUUUAGGAUGUGACAAACAGGUCUUACCAAUAGAAGAGUGUCUGUGAAAGUGGGAUUGUCACCACUUGAUGUCCAAUAAAGUUCAGGUUAAGGUUAGAAUCACCCCUUUAAUCUAUAAUCGAGGUAAACCUUUACCUCUUCACUUACUAAUAAAGUCUGUAAAUGUUUGUCCAGGGUGCUGAUAAAACAGAACACAGAUAGCAUUGUGAGUUAAAACUGGUUACUAACAACAGGUCAGGUUAAUGUUUAAAUUCAGCAGUUUUGAGUGUGCCGCAGUUACAGCUGACAUUCUCUCCAAAUAUUGCAAUCUUGGAUUAAAAAGUGACCAAGUAUAAUGCAUCAAGUCAAUAAAUUAUACUUGCAAAAGAUUUUCAAAAUCUCUCUCUCAAACAAUAACAGAAGAAAACUGCAUGUACAGUAUAAUAAUUAUACAGAUGUUGAUUCAAAUGGGUUUAGUCAGGACACAAUAUAUUUGAAAUAUAAAAUUACAUUUAUUUUCAUUUAAAUUUAUGUCAUGUCUCUUUUAUAGUUUUAUAUGUCUCUUUUAACUUUAACUCUUUUAUGUAAAUCGACUUUCCUAAAGAAUCCUAAAGGCUGAUUUAUACUGGACAAGUAGGCACAUUGAGACGCAGGGUCAGAGUGCAAGUGCAAGUCUGGAGCCAGACCCUUCUCAUCCGAAGAUGCACGAGUUCAGGGCGACUCUAGCCGAACAUGUCGUCUCUGCAUUUGUGUGAAACAGAAGCAGUUUGAUGUGAAGUUCAAACUCCACCAGGUGCAAAUUUUAACGCUUUGACGGAACACAAAGCAUAGUUUUUUUUGCAUUGUUUGUCCAAGGUAUUAUAUUUGAAGUACGUUUUAUUUUUUGUUGUAUUAAAAUAGAAUUAAAAUUCAUUUAGAUACUAUUUAUACACUAUUUGGUUAAAGUUGUCUUGUGUUUGAUGCAAAAUAAAGCCAAUAGUUUAAGAUUGUUUUAAACAGUUUGUACAUAAAGAAAUUAUUUAUUCAUCAACUCAUUCAUCAUGUGAGAAGUCUUGUACCGGCAGAUGACUUCUUCUCACCGGUGAUUCCCAAGGGUUUUAGAGGACAAUUACUCCUCGUUGCCCCCUGUCGUUUCAAAGAAUGGUACAACGGCAAACGCGAGAAGUAUAAAAUCCUCGUCCGUUUGGGAAGGUGCGCGCAGAGUCAGCAGAGGCUCGCAAAGCAGAGCCAGGCGAAAGUAUAAAUCCCAAUGCCGUCUCUACACUGGAUGCAUCAAAGCACAUUUUCUAAAUCAAUUUUUCAACUUGUCGGUAGCGCAAGUGCGUGGAAGUGCAUCAGAAAUAGAACAUGGCAUCCAUUUACUGUAGCGCUUGCGUGCAGUUACCGAACGACUGAUUAUAAUGGGGAUCUUAACUCAACGUGUCACGCCGUUCGCGUGCUAGCUGCUAUAUCUGCUCCCCGGACUUGGCUGUGCUCUCUUCACUGUGGGAGAGUCCCUUUGAGCUUGCCGGUUCUGGGCAGACUGGGUGAGUCCUCCUCUUGACUUGAGAGUUAGGUCCUCUGACCCUGGGCUAUUGAUUGCUUCAGUCAAGCUGCGUUCCUCUCUCUUCUCGCUAGGAGUUAAACCCUCCGCUCUUGUGCUCCAUGGCAGUGACAUCAUGUAGUUGGGCCUCUUGCUGCCUCCCUGAUAAGCUGUCUCUAUUUGGGUCAAGCCAGGCAGUGCUCCCCUCACCUCGGAGGGUUGUCUUUGAGACAGCCUCUCCCGUUUGAAUGUCUGAGGUCUUCUCUCAUUGAGUCCUUGUACCUUGUGCUCAUUUGAGCCAUUGAGUAGCGGCAUCAGGUUUUAGGCCUGUCUCCACCUCCCUGUUAAGCCGCUCUCCUUGUGGGUCGAGCUUAGCAGUGCCCUUAUGGGUUUUAUAUGAACACGCCCCUCUUGAUUUGAGCGUCUGAGUCCCCCUUCUAUUUUGAA